CACCUUGAUUCCUGGGAACGCCGGCUUGCUUUGAAAGGGUGCCUUGUAAUUUUCAUAACAUCUAUCGAUCGCAAAUCAAUUUAGCGCGUUGCAGUGCGGUGCACUUGUCGUGUGCGAAUCGUGGCGGUCAGUCACUUGGCGCGCUUUAAUACAGAAGCAGACGACACUUCAUUACGCUAGCAGACGACACGUAACAGAGCGAGCUGACACUCAGGAAGAAGACAAAACGAAGACAACUUAGAAGAGGUCAGCACGGGAAGCGCUGUAUAGGACAACUGUCCUAGUCCUAACGGAAUUACGGAGAACAUAUAUUGAGCAGGUUGACCUGAAACAGCCAUCACCAGGAAAAGAAUAGACCAAAGCCAGUAGCACUGCUUUAAUUACAUUUCAGUCGAAAAUCAAUUUGAAGAUAAAAUCGAUACAUACAGGUUGAAAUUUUACAAAAUUCAUUCAGUUGGUGGAAUUUUUAUGGAGGAAUUUUAAGCGCACGCGCGCGCGGGAGAUAUCCCGCUGAUCGUCUGCUGUAUGUUGUGUUGAACGUCUGCUCCGAGCAAUAAUGGACAGCGAGGAUUGCAGAUAAGUAGUGUCAUGAGAUUUCUGAGUGCUGGAAGUAUAGGGCUGGUGCUGUGCCGCGUAUACGUUAGAUGGAAGGCAGCUAAUCGAUAAGUUGCCCGCACAUAGGCGUAAGGCAGUAGAAACGACCAACAGCGAUAUAUAGACUCCAUAGUCACCGCCAUAUUUUUCACGGCAGCAUCCAUACGAUAGAAAUAGAUCGUUAUUUACUUGUUGAAAAUGAGAGAAAAUUAGGAGUGGAAUUGCGUCGAGUGAGAGCGGGGAAUCGUACCUAAAAUGGAUGUCACACAACAUUUAUAUGGAUUAAUACCACUGUUAUGGUUCUAGAAGGAAUUCAGUGGAAUUUCAGAGGAAAAAUUGUACCUUCAAGGUGUAAUCUAAGCUGAACGCCAUUUUAGUGCUUUUGCAUCGGCAAGUAGGGAGUGAAAACGUUCCAAAUGGCUGGGUCAGAUUUCUACGCCGGGAUUUCAGACUCGGAAAACAGAGUCAUUCUAAACGUCGGAGGGAUACGACAUGAGACCUACAAAGCGACCUUAAAGAAAAUCCCAGCCACGAGACUGUCGCGUCUCACGGAGGCCUUGGCAAAUUACGACCCCGUACUUAAUGAGUACUUCUUCGAUCGUCACCCGGGGGUCUUCGCGCAAAUCCUGAACUACUACAGAACCGGGAAACUGCACUAUCCCACCGAUGUGUGUGGUCCGCUUUUCGAGGAGGAGCUGGAAUUUUGGGGGCUGGACUCGAACCAAGUGGAGCCGUGUUGCUGGAUGACGUACACGGCCCACAGAGACACACAGGAGACUUUGUCCAUAUUGGACAGACUGGAUCUGGACACGGACAAGCCGACGGCGGAGGACAUUAUGAAAAAGUUCGGACUCGAGGACGCUUACAAAGCGGGCGAUCUCAACUGCUGGCAGAGAGUGGCACCAAAGAUUUAUGCCCUGUUUGAUGAGCCGUACUCUUCCAUGUGGGCAAAGGUUCUGAGCAUCGUGUCCGUGUUCUUCAUCGUAGUGUCCAUCUUGUCCUUCUGUCUGAAGACCCACCCAGAGAUGCGAGUCCCUUUGAUUGUGAACAGAACUGUCAGCGUCCACACGGCCAACGACUCGUGGCUGCUGGAGAAGCAAGGCUCCGACCCCCACCCGGCUUUUUUCUACAUCGAAUGCAUGUGUAACGCCUGGUUCACCUUCGAAAUCAUCAUCCGCUUUAUCGUCUCACCGAGCAAGUUCCAGUUCGUUAAACAGCCUGUGAAUAUUAUAGACUUCGUGGCCACCCUGUCCUUUUACAUGGACUUUAUGUUGUCGCGCAUUAACAAGGAAUCUAAGAGUGACAUUCUUGAAUUCUUCAGCAUCAUCCGUAUUCUGCGUCUGGUGAAGCUCACGCGGCACUCCACGGGACUCAAGAUCCUCAUCCACACCUUUAAAGCGAGCGCUAAGGAGCUCAGUUUACUCAUAUUCUUCUUGCUUCUCGGUAUUGUCAUGUUCGCCGCACUCAUUUUCUACGCGGAGCGUAUCCAAUAUAAUCCAAAUAACGACUUUGAGAGCAUCCCGUUGGGACUCUGGUGGGCUAUCGUUACCAUGACAACAAUCGGUUACGGUGACAUGGUCCCUAAAACGUACAUGGGCAUGGUGGUGGGUUCUCUCUGCGCCAUUACUGGUGUGCUCACCAUUGCCCUACCCGUGCCCAUUAUUGUGGGGAACUUCUCAAUGUUUUACUCUCACACGCAAGCGAGAUCCAAACUGCCCAAGAAGCGAAGGCGGAUUUUGCCGGUAGAGGCGGUACGACCCAAGAUGCCCCCGAAUCGCAACAUGGGAGGAGGGGGAGGUGGGCCUCAUGGUGGCCCCCACAGACGCAUGAAUGCUAUUAAACAGGGCCACAUAGGAGGGGGUCUGGAAUCAAAGAUGAACCGAAUAGCACAAGGUGGCGCCAUUUCCGAGAUGAUGCCAUUUCGUAGUUUAAUUCCUACCCGAUUUUCUGAGAAAGGGACUAACGAAGAGUCGAUUCCUAUGUUGAUGUUUAACCACUCUGAGAAGGAAGAUGUCCCCCGUACACGUCCCCCAGGGGGACAACACUUGCCCACGGCAGCAGCCGAGAAAGCAAUUCCCCGCCAUGUUGAAAUUAGUUCUAACCCGGGAACACCAUUAAAAGUUACCGAAAUCAAAAAUGCACCGCCGCCGUUUUCUUUACCGAGCGAUGGCGCAUCUAGCACAUUGCAUCAAAACAACGGACCUGGAAGUGGUUUCAUACCACAUCCGGGUCCUCCAUCAUAUCCGGGCACUACAGUGACCUUGAACGAUGCCUCGGGUCCACGUGGGAGCACGGAAAGCAUGAACCAUCGGAAGAGCCUGCACUCUAGUUUGAAUCAAAUCCAUCCCCUACCGGCCGACCAGGACCACAAAUCAGGAGCAUCACAGAGGACAUCGUCUGGCCAAUCAACACCAACAGCCCCAUAUAAACCAGUGACGUCACAGCGUCCCUCGCCUUCGUCAAGUUCGAAUGCUGUCAACAGCUUGGUUGCGGUUAACACGUGAAGACGAUAGUGGUAGGACUGUAACUGUUGUGCAGACCGAAGUUGGCAGCAGAUUUUUAAAAAAAUCUGAACUUGUCGUUUGCGUUGGAAAGUUUGCCCACAAGAAAUUCUAAAUCCCAGUAUGGUGGCACCGAACCAUCUGAUAACCAUUUGACUUUCAAAAAAAAAAUUCGUCUAAAGAAUUCUCAAACACGUGAUACGUCUGCGACAGUCACGUGCAUAUCACGUGAUGAUCUUGGUGAAGAGAAUGGACUGACUGUAUGGCACGGAGGGCACUUUUAACGCACGUGCUCAGUGGCAGCACGCGUUUGCGCACGCGCUCCAUGUAUGCACCUCUACAGCAGCAUGUGAUACUGCAUGUCAAUUCAUUAGAUGUACAUGCUGACAUACGGUGAUAAACAGAUUUGAACGAUGGCACGCGACGUUUGGCGAUGUCACUAGAAAAGUAAGGAAGAUAAACUAAGUUCAGUAAGACGGGCCGUAAAUUGUUCCAUUGAGAGAAC